AUGUGGGCGAACUUUGCUCGCAGCAAAUUUUUCACGGCUGGGAAUACUACAACGAACAGGAUCGAGUCAAACUGGAAUCAGGUGAAAAUACUGUUGGGGCACAAGACACGAAUUGACAAGACUAUUGCGGGCUUGGUGCAGCAUCAAAUCAUGAUAACUCAGCAGAUCGGGUUCGUCAUCGCGCAGCACCAUUCGACUUCGCCCAAAGUGAGAAAAGAGUGGGAACGAUUUGUGAACUUCAUGGCAGAUGCGACUUGUGAGCGUACAGCGUCGAGUCCUUCACAAUGGAAAAUUUAUUGCGGGAAUCAAACCUUUCGCUGUCACGAUGUGGAGUGGACGUGUACUUGUCUAUUAUAUAGCAGUCACCAUUUACCAUGUCGUCAUCUUAUGCACUUAGCAUGCGAGGGGCAUGGCUUCAAACUGCUUCCAGCUAUGGCAAUUCAUGAUCGGUGGAGUACGUACCAGACCUUGGAAGUGAAAAACGAAUUGACGGCUGCAGCGGAAAUGUUACAGCCAAUUGUGCAGAUGUCCAAGUUAAGGUUGCCGAAAGUAAAGUUGCCGAACGACACUGGGGCUGAACCAGAACAACCACUUUAUGACUACCGCGUGAUGCUAUUCCCGAGCGGCACCAAGGUCUAG